CCGCCGAAGGGGGCAGGGAGAGGGGUGCACAGGAGUCGCCGGAAGCGGAAGCGGAAGCAGCCCGGGCGGGAGGACGGACGGAGCAGGAUUCGGAAGGGGUUUCUGAGGAAGACUCGGGGGCGGCAGCCGACUAUGGCACCCAAACUGGAUACAGCACUCCAGCUGAGCCCACAUCAGCACUGAGUAGAGCAGUACAUUUAUGACUUGUGUUAUACAUACAACACUCCUAUUAAUACAUCCACUCAGCCUGGGCCUUAAAAUGGGGAACACAAGCAGCGAUCGAGCUGUUAUGGAGCGUCAUGGGGGCCAUAAGACACCCCGAAGAGACAAUUGUGGUGGAGCUAUUAGUACAAAAGAAGGUGAUAGACCAAAAAUCUUGAUGGAUAGUCCUGAAGAUGCAGACUUGUUCCAUUCUGAGGAAAUAAAGGCUCCACAAGAGAGAGAGGAAUUUCUAGCUUGGCAGCAAGAUCUGGAAGUGAGUGAAAAAGCCCAUGUUCAAGAUCGGCCAACAGUCUUUCGCUGGACUGGGGGAGGGAAAGAGGUUUAUCUAUCAGGUUCCUUCAACAACUGGAGUAAACUUCCUCUUACAAGAAGCCACAAUAACUUUGUAGCAAUCCUGGAUCUGCCAGAAGGAGAGCACCAGUACAAGUUCUACGUGGAUGGUCAGUGGACGCAUGAUCCUUCGGAGCCAAUAGUAACCAGUCAGCUUGGUACGGUUAACAACAUCAUUCAGGUGAAGAAAACUGACUUUGAAGUAUUUGAUGCUUUAAUGGUGGACUCCCAAAAAUGCUCAGAUAUGUCUGAGCUAUCAAGUUCACCCCCAGGACCCUACCACCAGGAUCCCUAUGUUUGUAAGUCAGAGGAACGUUUCAAGACUCCACCUAUUCUUCCACCACACCUGCUGCAGGUGAUCCUGAAUAAGGACACUGGCAUUUCUUGUGAUCCAGCUCUACUUCCUGAGCCCAAUCACGUCAUGCUGAACCACCUCUAUGCGCUUUCUAUCAAGGAUGGAGUGAUGGUGCUCAGUGCCACUCAUCGUUACAAGAAAAAAUAUGUGACUACAUUGCUGUACAAGCCGAUAUGAUUAGUCCUGCGGUUAGUGAGCAGGUAUCCUGGGGUGAUGAAGUGCCAGAGGGAACAAAUUCUUCGUUAAACCAAAACAUAUGCAUGGUCUAUGCUAUUGUAAACAGACUCUGAUUUCAUAUGGUUUUAAAGACUUCGCUUUUGUUUCAUAUUUGCCUUUUUCUCCCAGUGCCAUCUGGAAGUUUUCAGACUCAGCCAGGACCAAAUAGAUGACUGGUGGUGCAGCUGCCAUUUUUUCAGCUCAAUAACAAUCGCCUGGGAUCUACCAGUGAAAUCAGGCUGGGAAAUGUGGGGAUAGUGACCGCUCAAAUAUCAUUCAUGAGCGAUACAGGCUGUAGAAAAUAAUAUUCUAAGAAGUGCAGGAUCCCUGCUGAUUGAAUGGCUGUUUUUAUCAUAAAGCUCAAACAUUCAACUAUAUUACCACUGAGCUCCCCAAGAGCCCAUUCCCUGGCUCGACUGACUACAUGUGAAAAACGGCAUUCUUUCUGUUUGCAGCUUUUUUGGGCAAAGCCAGAGAUGCUGCUACCACAACACUCGCUAUUUGUUUGUUUGUUUGUUUAAUCAGUAGAUGGGGGUUGAGUAUGUUUUCCAAUGUGAGUGAUGCUCUAGCAUUGUUUCUCUUGUGAGAGCUCCGAAAUAACUUUUCCGCAGUGGAAUUGCUGAUAAAGAAAAUUGUUCUUAAUUGCAGGGUUUUGUGUAGACCAUAUAAUGCACCCUGCGAUAAUCUGUUCCUGUAACAGACUUGUAGCUCUCUUGCCAAUAAGGACUGAUUUAAACUGAGCUGGGUUCCUAUAAGGAAAUUGACCAAUUUAGCAUAAGGACUUUAAUUCUUCAGUAUCAUCUUUUAUCAAGUUGAUGGUAAGGUGAUUCCAGGAUAUUUUAAAAACUGGAUAGUAAAUGAGAUAUUGAGGGGAAAAAACUCAUCUGCUGCCAUGCAGCUGCAGCCCCUGGGAAGUAGCACUGCACCCACUUAUGUCAAGAGCUGGAUUGGCCCUGAAUCUAUAUUUGCAUUUGACUCUGCCAACUUAGGCUCAUGUGGUCUCUGCAGCAAGGACUCCCAACCAUUUCUAUCCCUUCCUGCUUUAUUUAUAUUUUGUAAAUGAAUGUAGUUCUCACAAAAGGUGCCAGGGUGCCUUUCUUAGAGACUGAUGAUUUAUUUGAUUCCAAAACGAAUGCAGUAGGAGCAACACAAAAUUCCCUGCCACUGUGCCUCAGGCCUGACCUGCAGGGACCAACUUGGGGAAUGUGUAGUGCCUGUCCAUUCCUGGGCAUCUCUGAGUGCCAGUAAGAGUGCUGAGAGUGACCUCAGUCCAUGACCUACUAUACAGGGGUGCAUAUUACAAAAACCACCAGGUAGCUAAUCAGAUGCUGAUUUAGAUCAUUGGUGACCACAAUUAGAUGUGAUACAGUCAAUGAUAAGACUCAUUUCCAGUCUUCUGAACUAUUCAAUUGUCUUGUUACUAUAUUUUGAGUAGUUCAGGGCACAUUGCUAUUGGGUUUUCUUUGAAAACACUACAACUCAGUGUUUUGAAAACAUGGAAUUCCUGUCAAUGUCUGACCUCUUCAGAAACAAGUUAAAAUAUAAAGCAUUUUAAGGAAAAAUGGAAUGUGUUUUUGUUUCCUGUCAGCCCCACUGACCAAGACCUUAUUGGAUUGGCUGGCUGCAUAAUGCUUGGCUAAUUAUGCAGUGUCUCUCCCUGGUUAAAUUGGUAGCUACUUUACUUUUAUAAAACCCAGUUUGGACACACAUCCUCUCAUCACACACUGGUGGAGAAUAAUACAUUUUAAGAUUGGUGGAGGGGGAGUAAACCAAGCUGUUAAUAAGCUUUGGCCAUUGGCAAACCCAAGGAUUUCAUUUCUGGAAAACUGACUGCUCUCUACCCCCGUUUUUGUUUUGUUUUUGUUUUUGUUUAAGGCUGUCACAUUCCAAGCAGCUUGAACAAUCUCCAUUUGUUGGCCUCCGUGAUGCUGGGUAUACUUGACUGCUCGGAAAGGUCGGGUUUAAGUUUGUUACGGUUAAUAACUGUGAGAGUGUCUGAGAGAUGAUUAUACCUGGCACAGCCUGCACCCUGUAAUGUUUGUGAACAUGGGCCAACAGGAAGUCUAGGCAUGGGGAAGGCUCUGAACAGCAAGAAACCAUUAAGUGCAGCAGAACUCAGUAUUACCAGUUCCAGCAGUGCAGAUUAGCUUAGCUGCAAUCCCAGCCUCAGUGGUGCCUCAAAGUAUAUCAAUUGCUUUCAUAUCACCUGCCGACAUCAGGGCAAUGAAAGGCUGUCUCAAAAGUAAGAAAAUUCCCACACCAAAAACUUGAUGCUCAAGGUCAUAUUGUAAAGAAAGCAUUAACUUCCUUACAUUACAACGCAGUCACGCUUUGUUUAAAAAAAAAAAAAAAAAAAAGUACUACCUUUGUCAUUUGAAACACCUAAAUCCCUUAGUGUGGAAAUACUAAAUUAUUAGGGCUGCUGAUUAAUCGCGAUUAACUAAAAAAAAAAAAAAUUAUUGAUUUUUUUAGUUGCGCUGUUAAACAAUAGAAUACCAAUUGAAAUUUAUUAAAUACUUUGGAUGUUUUUCUACAUUUUCAGAUAUAUUGAUUUUCAGUUCCAACACAAUUACAAAGUGUACACUGCUCACUUUAUAUUAUUUUUAUUACUCUUAUUUUUACAGUGCAAAUAUUUGUAUUUUUCAGUUCACCUUGUACAAGUACCAUAGUGCAAUCUCUUUAUCGUGAAAGCGUAACUUACAAAUGUAGAUUUUUUUUUGCAUUUUUUUUGUUACAUAACUGCACUCAAAAACAAAACAUUUACGGGAGAUUAUGAUGCCUGCUUCUUAUUUACAAUUUCACCUGAAAGUGAGAACAGGCAUUCGCAUAGCACUUUUGUAGCCGGCAUUGCAAGGUAUUUAUGUGCCAGAUACGCUAAACAUUCAUAUGCCCUUUCCUGCUUCAGUCACCAUUCCAGAGGACAUGCUUCCAGGCUGUUUUUAAAAAAAAAAUAAAUGUUAAUUAAAUUUGUGACACAAUUCUCCUCCAGGGAGUUCAAUGUCUCCUGCCCUGCAUUCUGCCAUAUAUUUCAUGUUAUAGCAGUCUCGGAUGAUGACCCAGCACAUAAUUGUUCAUUUUAAGAACACUUUCACUGCAGAUUUGUCAGAAUGCAAAGAGUGCAAAUGAUAGAUAUCUAAAGAUAGCUACAGCACUUGAUAGAAGAUUUAAGAAUCCGAAGUGCCUUCCAAAAUCUGAGAAGGAUGACGUGUGGAGCACGCUUUCAGAAGUCUUAGAAGAGCAACACUCUGAUGUGGAAACCGCAGAACCCAAACCAACAAAAAAGAAAAUCAGCCUUCUGCUGGUGACAUCUGACUCAGAUGAUGAAAACGAACAUGCAUUGGUCUGCUUGGUGAGCUUGACAGAGGGGUGGGUCUUGAUAGAGUUGGUCUGCUUUGGAUCAUUAUUGAGCAGAACCUCUCAUCACCAUGGAUGCAUGUCCUCUAGAAUAGUGGUUGAAGCAUGAAGUGGCAUGUGAAUCUUUAGCGCAUCUGGCACAUAAAUAUCUUGCGAUGCUGGAUACAACGCUGCCAGGUGAACACCUGUUCUCACUUUCAGGUGACAUUGUAAACAAAAAGCAAGGACAGCUUUAUCUUCCACAAAUGUAAACAAACUUGUUUGUCUGAGCAAUUGGCUGAACAAGAAGUAGGACUGAGUGGACUUGUAGGCUUUAAACUUUUACAUUUUUUUUUGCAGGUUUUUUUUAACAUACUUCUACAAUUGUAAAUUCAACUUUCAUGAUAAAGAGAUUGUACUACAGUACUUGAAAUGGGGGAACUGAAAAAUACUGUUGUUUUUUACAGGGCAAAUAUUUGUAAUAAAAAAUAGUGAGGACUGUACACGUUGUAACAGAAAUCAGUAUAUUUAUAUAAAUGGUAUUAAUUAUUAACACCAUGACUAAUGCAAUUAAUUUUUAAUUGCACUGUUAAUUGUGAUUAAUUUUUUAAUUGCUUGACAACCCUAACACUUGGCCACCAUUUCCCAUGUUACUGUUGGCUAUAAGCCACUGAGCCUCACUGUUACACAGAACCCUCUAGUUACUUAUUUAAAUGAUCACCAGAGACAUCAGCAUGGCCUGGUAAUACAAUAGUUUGCCAAGGUGUACUGCAGAGUAAAAAAGCUAUAUAAUAGUCAUAAAUAUUAGCUAAUAGAGUAUCCUGACAUUGAAGCUACUGACGGUCAGUUACAUGCACUAUUUAAAGUUUGGCAAUAGAUAACAAAUGUAAUUUGAGCAUAAUGAUCUAGAUUAGGACAUAUGUACUAAGUGCACUAGUCACCUAGCAUACUGAUUGACAGUAGGAUGUGGAAGGGGAUGGAAUAUUUAGUGGGAGAUCCAAUCAGAGUUGGUUUUAAAGCAAACCUGUAAUAGCAGAUUUCAAGAAGUGAUUAUUCUCAAAUAGAGUUUGUGCAAGCAGUGAAAUUGCAAUGCAUGUUUUGAAUAAAUGAGGGUUAAUUCAUACGAGAAUAAAGGAAUCCUUGAAGUGACCCAACAGCAAGAAAAAUAAAUUGUUCAAAGAUUCAGGGAAUGGAACAGGAAGGAAGAGCUGUGCUCAAAUAAGUCAUUAGCUUGAGCUAAGCUUCAUGUAUUUUCCAAUUAUGUCUACACGUGGAUCACUUCUUUCAAAACUUUCCAGCAGCAUUGCAGAGGAAGAUGAGCACAAAUAUUUGUUGAAGACAGAGGCUGUUAGUCAACCAUUUAUAAAUAACAUGAUGCUGCAACCUUCUUUAUAUUGCAUCACAGGCUGGCCCACCAUUGGGCUGCAAAGCUUUUUUUGCUGGGCUCCAGAAUAUCAGCACACCUGGAGAGCUGGUAAGACUUUUCCCCACAGGGAUUGCCAAAUAGAAAAAGCCUCGUGUUUUGAACUCACUCUGUUCAGAGAAUUAAAGCUCAUUGUUUGAGGCCCUACAGGGCAGCGCUCACACUGCUGUGGAAGACAGGGAAAUGUUUGAGCCCAUUGUGCCAGUGGCUGACCUGUUACAUAUUCUGCCUUUGGAGGACGACUGAACAUGAAAGAAUGGAAUGGAAGAAUGUGAGUGGCUCCCAGAGUCAGUCCUGCACCCCCAAAACUUCAGUGCAUAAAGGUUAAUCUGCCUUUGAAUGGCCCCUGCAAAUUUCUAGCACAUGGCCAAGAUUUAGUCAUGGGUUCUUUUAAUGAAGUCAUGGAUAAACAAAAAUUCAUGGCCUUUGACCUGGCCGUGACUUAAAUACCCACAAUGUCUAAAUCGCUCUUCCUAAGGCCCCACUGCUCUGGCACUUCGCGGUGUUGCUGCUCCAGCCACACUGGCUACUUGGGUGCUGCCCGGGGCCGCCCAAGCAGUGGCCGGUGCAGCUAGCCACAGGGCACCCAAGAGGCUGUGGGAGUUACGGAGGUUGCAGAAUGUCACAGAAACCACAACCUCUAACGGAAUCGCAGCCUUAGUUACAGUGGCUAGCUGUGUUUUGAGGGAGCUCAGAAAGGAAGGAAUCUAGACCACUGCUAAGGCCAUACUGGGCACUAAACCACCAUGCAGUACCUGGGUUACCAUGUUUUUAGGUGCUUGCUUUUAAGGUGGGUGGCCAUACAUCCAUUCUUAGUAAAAUAUCCAUGUCAAAAACAAAGCCAGCCAUGCUGAAGAGCUGGCUGAAAUUUUUGCAGCACACCCAUUUUAUGAUAUGGCCUCACCUCAAAACCCAUAAAUCUGUUUAGUAUAGGUGUUUGACAGUGGUUUGUCAUUUAUUUAGUGGUCACACACACCCUUUGGCUGGGUAUGGGUGGGGAGGCAUUACAUAGCUAACUUUGGGAUCUUGAAAAAAAUUUGUCCUCUGUUGAAAGUUUCUUUUGCCACAAACAGCUGUGUGUGUGGUAAAUCUGGUGGUUUUUAGUUCAAGCAGGCAAAGAUUCAGUCUUAAUACAGCUCAAAUGAGUUUACAGGCAGCUGGCCUGUGUAAUAGCUGUUGAACUAGUGUCACAAAGUGCCUUCUUGCACCUGCAUUGAGCUGUAUGCAGCAAACAGGGCCAGCCCUUUGUGUUUAAUUGAAUAGCAGCCUCAGCUUCCUUCCAUGCCUAAUAAUUAAAUAGACAAUCAGCCCCCUUCUUUAUAUGUGGACCUAAGCGUAGUAUAGCCCCAGCUUUACACAUGCAGAAAGAUCCUUUAAUUACUUCUCACCUUUCGCCAACAAAUGAUGGAGAAAAGUUAAUGGUCAUCACUUUGACUCCACUUUCCUGGGCUGAAGCAGAAUGAAUCGCUGCUCCCACUCCUUUAGAAAUAAGGUGGGGUAUUCCUCUGGUGCUAAAGGCUAAUCCCCAGUCAGUAUCACACCACAGUACACAACUGCAAUAGUGCCGUAGUCCACCUCCACCUCAGCCACUCCACAAUCCACUUUCCUCAGCUGGAGCUGAUAGCAGGUGUCAACCGUAAUACUCGGGCCAUAUUCCAGUCCCACUCUUGGGACAGGAGAUGUUUCUAUAGAACACACAUUCUCUGUACUGAAGCACUGACAUUGUCAGUUUUGACCUUUCGUGAAAUAGCAGCACUCUGAAAUGGCUUUGGGCCAUGUGCCACAGGGCAACAUUUUGUUAAACCAUAGGCAGCCCUAUGGGUUGGAUUCUUGUAAGAAGUGAACAUGAGUCCGAAUCAUUGUAUUGAGCUCAUUUUCUAUAACCCAAUGAAUUAAAUCCCUCCACAAGGAAAAUCUGGGUGCAAAGGGGGAUAGCGUAGCUGCUACUUUAUAUGCCCACUUGGAUUUGGUGCGUCUUGGCUGUUGCUAGGAGGCUAGAGUUGGAGAUAGGUGCAGUGCAGUAUUUCUCCUUCAUGUGAGUAAACCUGAAGAAUUUUGCAAUAGACAAUACUUUUUCUCCAGUAAAUUUCAGCACUGACAAUACGGUCAAGGUGACAGUGAGAAUUUGUGCAGUGUUCAUGGUAGUCAGAAGGCUUAAUAAAUAUUUUACUUCACCAGUUUCUGAACUCUUUUAGUUUUGUUACAAUUCUGAUCAUGCACCAUAGGACUGAAACAAUGAGUUUUAAAUAUGUAUUCUUAAAAUAGAAAUAAAGGAACAUUUAACAAGUUAGCAUUUCAUCAGAUACAUCAGAGAGCAGGCACAAUAGAUAAAUCAAGCAGUUUGGCUUUAUGCAGAACAUUUCCAUGGAAAAUGUUGUGUAGACCAAAGUGUAAUAGUAGCUAUUAGUCAUUCUCCCACACGCCCACCAAGAAAAACCUUCAUAGGGAGGAUGGGGGUAUUUUGUGCACAAAACAAUGACAGAAAUAAAAUAAGUCACCGCAGGCCGCAGAGUGAAUAUUAAAAACUCUUCCUGUGAAAGAAUUCUUCAGAGACUGUAAAAAUUGUUUUGUUAAAAAUAGUUGUAUUUACAUUUAAGUCUGAUUGAGAGAGUUUUCCCACCAGGUGUAAAUUAUUAAGAUGUACAGUAACUUGGCAGAUUGAGUACAAUCUGAAUUAUAUUUGUGUAGGCUUUUAAAAAAUUGCAGCUCUCAGGCAUUACAGCACCAGAAUAUUAAGAUGGUGGGAUGAAUAACUCACUGUUCCCCUUCCUAUUAAAACACCGCUGCAAUAGAGCAGCAGCAGCAUUAGACUAUGCUGUUGGCAAUUAAAGGGGUUUAUUCCUAGCUGAAAUUGUGUGUCUGGAUUAUUUGCCAAGGGCCAGAUUCGUCUUCCAGAUAUUCAUGUGUAUCUCUACCACCAUCAAUAGAUGUGUAUCUAGGGGCUCACCACUACUAGCUAAAAAUCCGGUCAAAUCCGCCUCUGUUUCAGUCCAAGUCAAUAUGCUUUAAUUUUCUGAUAGCACAUAUGCUACUUGUUCAGGGGAAGAUGUCUGCUAAAAGACAGAAUAUUCUGAAGGUGAGCUCUUUGGUAAGCUUACACUCCUAUCAAUUACGUAGCUCUGAAUAUUGGCUGAUCUGUUAGAAUGGCUUAGCGGUACCCUAUAUGGAAGGAAAAGGUCAUUUCACCAUGCUAGUUAAUAUAGUUAAUUGUUUUAUUUGGUUAUUGUUCAACAACAAAGUUCAAUAUUUUCCAGGUGGAGCUUGAUCUGUACCUCUGAUUCCCUCCCUUGUCAAUAAUAAAAAGGUAAUGAAGAAAAAUCCUGUACUUUUAGAUACCUAAAACCUCAUUUAUGCUAACAAGCUUUCGAUUGCAAUUUAAUGUUACAAUAUUUCUUCAUGGGAUCUGGGAGGAUUAAGCUGAGGCCCCUCCAAUGUCUGAAGAUGGCUGUCCACAACCACCAUUAAAACAAAAAGCUAGUGUUGAAAAAUGCACAGUUUACAAUAAAAAAGUAGAAACUGA